GAUGCGUCGGGGGCUUCAUCUCUUGAGCUGAAAUUUCAUCCGUUCUCAGCGAACGGAACGAGUGUUAAAUAAUUGCGCUUGCUGGCCUUCGCUCCAGUUAUAGUCCGUUGUCUUUAGUUUACUGCAUUCUAUACUUCUGUUUUUUGUUUUUUAAUAGUUUACGGCGAGGCUGGGGAGCUGCAAUGAUGCGCAUUGUGGCGACUGAUGUAGAUAGUGUUGCUCUGUGAACGCCUUCCAUUGCGUUAGAGAUUGUUUAUUGCAAAAAAAAGUUGUGGGAGGAAAUGGCCAACACUGUGCUGGAAGUCGGAAAUGGUGUAUUCAUCCUCGCUGUCGUCUGGAUAGCGGCCCUUGUGGUUGGAGCGAUGCUUCUGAGAGCCUCAGGUUCAUCCAAGUUUGCUGUGAUCCCCGUCUUCCUUCUGGCUCUCAUCAUCACUCUGGUGUUGGUGUUUUUCCCACGAAGUCCUGAGAUCCCGCCUGCUUUUAAUGAGAUAGAGAUAGUGGACACUUUGUUCAUCGGUCGCUAUGUUCUGCUGGCUGUGGUGAGCACCGUCUUUCUGGUGGCGUCCUUCAUGUUACUCCCCUUUCAUUUCCUGGAGCCUGUCUAUGCUAAACCUUUAAGAACACACUAGAUUUGGCACCAUCAACACUGAUCAUACUGAGUGCCAACAAAGAGGCCCAUCUUCAUCUGGACACAGACAAUGGAGCGCUGCAAUUUUCCCAUGUUCAUGAGGGACCACCGCGAGGGACUUCAGAAGCUUCUUGUGACUGCAUAGACUUUUAUUUUGCAUUUCAAAAUGAGAGUUUAAUGACAUAUUGAUUGAAGAAUGCUCCGUUUGAUUCAGAGGCUUCUGCAUGAAGGCAAAUAUGUGGACGGAUUUAUGAUUAGAGUUGGAAUUCAUUCAUUUUAACUGAUUUAAUUCAGAUGAGUCACAUUAAAAUGCUGUUAAUAAUCCCAUGUUUUUAUCAAUGAGGAAGAGACGGAAAGCAGAUCUGACCGAACUGGGUCUCAUAUUUUGGCAAAAUAAAGAAUAUUUGAACUGCUGCAAAUUUCACUGUAAAUCUAAACUUUACUCAAUAGAAUUGUCACCAAUAAAUGUAUAUUCAUUUUCUUUUUUUUUUAUUUCCCGGAUACCCCACUAAAUUAGUUAUCAAUUGUUGAUAUGACAUGUUUUUGAAUGAAGCCAUGAGUGUGACGGUUCUAGCCAAUUAGAUUGUGUUUAUUUUUCCCUAUGAAGAAAGAACAAACUUUUCUCAAGUAAGGUCAAAGUUCAUACACUUUGGUCCCUUUUUUUUAUUAAUUUUAGCAAGUUCAGGCUUUAAAAACCAACAAUUCUCUCUUAGUGCAGCAUUGAACAAAUCCCAGGGUCGUUCACCUCCUCUGUCAAGUUGUGUUCUGAAAAUGCAGCUAAACAGUGAAUUUUUCCUACCAGUGUGCACCUAAGGGAGGACCUCUCCUGAGAUGGUGCGGGACUGACAAACACGUCUCGUGCCACUCCUUUUGGGCGGUGACAAGGGCCUUAAGCUUCUGAGGUAUUUCCGUUCACAUCAGUUGUUGUUCUGUCGGGUUUUGUUUUAUGGCCACAGCGCUUGCAUAGUUUGGUCGUCAAGGAAACUGGAGAAAGUGUCAAAGAGUUUAAAUGUCAUCUGUAAGCCUUGUGUUUUCUAGUUGUUUCCUCCCUUUCAGAGGAGCACAGGGGGUUAAAAUUGUUAUUCAUAUUUAUGUAUAUAUUGCUUCUUAGGGCAAUUGUGUGUCAACAGUAUUGACACAUUUGAGACAAUUGUUUCAAUGUUUUUUUAUGACAUUUGAUAAAUGA